ACAGAGUUUAUUAGAUACGCAGUCAAGUAUACACAAAACAUCAGACCUGGGAUAUUGCAUAUAUCACCGGAGCUCCAUGGAGCUUGGCAGCCAAGCAGAGCAGUGGUUUUGCUAAACAAAUCCACUGCUCCAGUACAUCUGUGGCUCCAGCCCCUCACGCCCGUCUAUUGUCACUGCUGGAAACUUCUACCUACCAUGCCAGGCUUGGCUCUCCUGGGCCUCAGCCUGGCUGCCUUCCUGGAGCUUGGGAUGGGGGCCUCUUUGUGUCUGUCACGGCAAUUCAAGGCACAAGGGGACUACAUACUAGGUGGGCUAUUUCCCCUGGGCUCAACUGAGGAGGCCACUCUCGACCAGAGAACACAGCCCAAUGGCAUUCCGUGUACCAGAUUCUCACACCUUGGUUUGUUACUGGCCAUGGCUAUGAAGAUGGCUGUGGAAGAGAUCAACAACGCAUCUGCCUUGCUCCCUGGGCUGCAACUGGGCUAUGACCUGUUUGACACAUGCUCAGAGCCAGUGGUCACCAUGAAGCCCAGUCUCAUGUUCAUGGCCAAGGUGGGCAGUCAAAGCAUUGCUGCCUACUGCAACUACACACAGUACCAACCCCGUGUGCUGGCUGUCAUUGGUCCCCACUCAUCAGAGCUUGCCCUUAUCACAGGCAAGUUCUUCAGCUUCUUCCUCAUGCCACAGGUCAGCUAUAGUGCCAGCAUGGAUCGACUAAGUGACCGGGAAACAUUUCCAUCCUUCUUCCGCACAGUGCCCAGUGACCGGGUGCAGCUGCAGGCGGUUGUGACUCUGUUACAGAAUUUCAGCUGGAACUGGGUGGCUGCCCUAGGUAGUGAUGAUGACUAUGGCCGGGAAGGUCUGAGCAUCUUUUCUAGUCUGGCCAAUGCACGAGGUAUCUGCAUCGCACAUGAGGGCCUGGUGCCACAACAUGACAUUAGCGGCCAACCGUUGAACAAGGUGUUGGAUGUGCUACGCCAGGUGAACCAAAGUAACGUACAAGUGGUGGUGCUGUUUGCCUCUGCCCAUGCUGUCUACUCCCUUUUUAGCUACAGCAUCCAUCAUAGCCUUUCACCCAAGGUAUGGGUGGCCAGUGAGUCCUGGCUGACCUCUAACCUGGUCAUGACACUUCCCAAUAUUGCCCGUGUGGGCACUGUGCUUGGGUUUCUGCAGCGGGGUGCCCCACUGCCUGAAUUUUCCCAUUAUGUGGAGACUCGCCUUGCCCUGGCUGCUGACCCAACAUUCUGUGCCUCACUGAAUGCAGAGCUGGAUCUGGAGGAGCAUGUGAUGGGGCAACGUUGUCCACAGUGUGACUACAUCAUGCUGCAAAACCUAUCAUCUGGGCUGUUACAGAACCUAUCAGCUGGGCAGUUGCACCACCAAAUAUUUGCAACUUAUGCAGCUGUGUACAGUGUGGCUCAGGCCCUUCACAAUACCCUACAGUGCAAUGUCUCACAUUGCCACACAUCAGAGCAUGUUCAACCCUGGCAGCUCCUGGACAACAUGUACAAUAUGAGUUUCCGUGCUCGAGACUUGACACUGCAGUUUGAUGCUAAAGGGAAUGUAGACAUGGAAUAUGACCUGAAGAUGUGGGUGUGGCAGAGCCCUACACCUGUAUUACAUACUGUAGGCACCUUCAACGGCACCCUUCAGCUGCAGCACUCUAAAAUGCACUGGCCAGAUAACCAGGUUCCAGUCUCCCAGUGUUCCCGGCAGUGUGAAGAUGGCCAGGUACGCAGAGUAAAGGGCUUUCAUUCCUGCUGCUAUGACUGUGUAGACUGCAAGGCAGGCAGCUACCGGAAGCAUCCAGGUGAACCAUCUUCCCUAGAUAGCCUGCACAGCUGGGCUAUGGGACAGAAGCAUACAAGUCUGGCAAGCCCCCCUCCCCUAGGGCUAAUGUUGAAGCAAUUACUGUCGGGGGCUGGCUGGGGAGUUCUGUCUCCCAUCACUAGCCCCCACAUUGCCCUUCUUUCUUUCACCACUACAGAUGACUUCACCUGUACUCCAUGUAACCAGGACCAGUGGUCCCCAGAGAAAAGCACAACCUGCUUACCUCGCAGGCCCAAGUUUCUGGCUUGGGGGGAGCCAACUGUGCUGUCACUACUCCUGCUGCUUUGCCUGGUGCUAGGCCUAGCACUGGCUGCUCUGGGGCUCUUUGUCCACCAUUGGGACAGCCCUCUUGUUCAGGCCUCAGGUGGGUCACUGUUCUGCUUUGGUGUGAUCUGCCUGGGCCUCUUCUGCUUCAGUGUCCUUCUGUUCCCAGGACGGCCAAGCUCUGCCAGCUGCCUUGCACAACAACCAAUGGCUCACCUCCCUCUCACAGGCUGCCUGAGUACACUCUUCCUGCAAGCAGCCGAGACCUUUGUGGAGUCUGAGCUGCCAAUGAACUGGGCAAACUGGCUAUGCAGCUACCUUCGGGGACCCUGGGCUUGGCUGGUGGUACUGUUGGCCACUUUUGUGGAGGCAGCACUAUGUGCCUGGUAUUUGAUAGCUUUCCCACCAGAGGUGGUGACAGAUUGGCAGGUGCUGCCCACAGAGGUACUGGAACACUGCCGCACGCGUUCCUGGGUCAGCCUGGGCUUGGUGCACAUCACCAAUGCAAUGUUAGCUUUCCUCUGCUUUCUGGGCACUUUCCUGGUACAGAGCCAGCCUGGUCGCUACAACCGUGCCCGUGGUCUCACGUUCGCCAUGCUAACUUAUUUCAUCACAUGGGUCUCUUUUGUGCCCCUCCUGGCCAAUGUGCAGGUGACCUACCAGCCAGCUGUGCAGAUGGGUGCUAUCUUAUUCUGUGCCCUGGGCAUCUUGGUCACCUUCCACCUGCCCAAGUGCUAUGUGCUUCUGUGGCUGCCAAAGCUCAACACCCAGGAGUUCUUCCUGGGAAGGAGCCCUAAGGGAGCAGCAGAUGGGAACAGUGGUAGAGAUGAGGCAACUCAAGAACAGAACGAAUGACCCCUGACCCAAUGACCUUACCUUUAGUGAACCCAGCCCUACCAGAGAUCUCCUAAGCCAAAAAAUCCUAAAUAGUACCUCAACCUGAGACUUACAACACUUAACUAUAGACUCAGACUCCACUGACCUUAGCCCCACAGUGAUCCCCCAAGGCCUGCAGUGUACAAGAUGGACCCUGUGAGCCCACCUAUCCCUCAAAGGAAAGAUCAUCCUUGAUCCUGUUAUGCCCACCUAAGGCCUGCCCAGGUAACCAGGCUCUAUUAUCUUAGAAAAUGACCCACAAAAGGUUCUUUGAGACUCCAUAGCCAUACUUCAAAUUCAGGAAUUCCCCGGACAGACCCUGGGAGGCCAGAAGGUACUACUUGCCUGAACAUGCCCAGCCUGGGGCCCUCACUCAGCACCCUGUCCAGGCAUCCCAGGAAUAGAAGGCCGGGCAUGUAUGUAUGUAUCAGGACAGAACAAGAAAGACAGCAAGCAGAGGACACUCAGGAGGUAGGCAACAUCCAGCCUUCUCCAUUCCUGGCUGAGCCCUAACCUGUAGGAGAGGACCGGGUCGCCACCAGCACCUUGGACAGAGCGCGCGCGCGCACACACACACACACACACACACACACACACACACACACACACACACACGGGGGUACGGGUCAGCACCAUGGCCAGCACCAGCCACCCAGGACCCCUGGAUUCAGCUUCUAGUACCAAGGACAGAAAAGUUGCCUGCGAGGCCCCUUACUGGCCAG